GUACGGAUUCAACAGCCACGGCCACGCUGCAGUGGAGCGCAGGCUGCGGGCACGCCAGGAAACACAGCUCAGGCUCACUAGUGCGGGGAUGCCCCUCGGAGUCAACCUGGGCAAGAACAAGAGCUCUGCCGAUGCCACGGCUGACUACGUGGCUGGGGUCCGGACAUUGGGCCCCUUGGCUGACUACUUGGUUGUGAACGUGUCCAGCCCCAACACCCCAGGGCUGCGGGACCUGCAGGGCAAGUCCAAGCUGCGGGAGCUGCUGACCAAGGUGCUGGCAGAAAGGGAUGCGCUGCCCUGUGAGCGCAAGCCAGCAGUGCUGGUGAAGGUUGCCCCCGACCUCACUGCGCAGGACAAGCAGGACAUUGCUAGCGUUGUCUGUGAGCUGGGUGUGGAUGGGCUGAUUGUCAGCAACACCACCGUGAGCCGCCCCAGCAGCCUCCAGAGCCGGCAGCGCAUGGAGCCCGGGGGCCUCAGCGGGAAGCCCCUGCGGGAGCUUUCCACACAGACCAUCAGGGAGAUGUACGCCCUCACCCAAGGCCGGGUGCCCAUCGUUGGGGUGGGGGGCGUGAGCAGCGGGUGUGAUGCCCUGGAGAAGAUCCGCGCUGGAGCCUCACUGGUGCAGAUGUACACGGCACUCGUGUACCACGGCCCAACGGUGGUGGGGACGGUGAAGCAGGAGCUGGAGGAGCUGCUGAGGGAGCAGGGGUUCAGAAGCGUCAUGGAUGCGGUCGGAGCAGAUCACCGGUGCUGAUGCUGC